AAGAAACCUCCAUCGAUGACAUGACCACAUGAAGAUGGACAUGCACCAGGCUCAGAUGACCGAGAGGAUACUGAACCUCACCCUGGAGAUCAUCUACCUGCUGACCGGAGGGAGUUUUCCUCUUCUGAAGUCUGGUGAUCAUGUGACCAUCACAGUGCCCCCAUGUGACUCCCUAAAACCCGAGAGACCCGACAUGGAGAAGGUUCUAGAAGUCACCAAGAAGAUGAUGGAGCUGCUGACGGGAGAGGUGAGCGGUGCCGGGAAUUCUGGAACAUGA